GAUCUGGAGCUACGUGAGGAUAUAGACACAGUACUGGAGCCUGGCAUGGUUGUGUCUAUGGAGCCCAUGGUGACCAUCCCCGAGGGCGAGCCAGGCGCCGGCGGCUACCGGGAACAUGACAUACUUGUCAUUAACGAUGACGGUACCGUAGAUGACAUCACCGGCUUCCCCUUCGGACCAGAACAUAAUAUAUUUAAGAAAUAAACCUUUGUUCACUGACAGUAAA